GAUUUUGAAAGUCAUUUGUGAAAUUUCGGCUGGAACACUGGUUGAUUUUUAUAUAGUGCUUCUGAAUAAGUACUUUCGGUUGUUAUUUUAGAUACUUAUUAAGAUUCUUAGAAAGUAUUCAUUUGAAAAGGAUCCUGUCAGUUAUUUAUUCCGCCUAUUUGACUAUUACAGAUGGCAUCCAUGGCUAAAUUGACGAUUAUCUUUUUUGCUGCUCUAUUCAUUGCAUCACUUUUGAAUUCAUCUAGUGCGAUUCCCGCUAUCGGCAAGCGUUAUGACAACAAAAUUCUUUCAGAUACUUUAACCGGUCUUGAUUUCAUCCAAAUUUGUCUAAACAAUUGUGCACAAUGCAAGAAGAUGUUUGGUAACUAUUUCCAAGGACAAACUUGUGCUGAAUCAUGUCUCAAAUUCAAAGGAAAAGCAAUUCCGGAUUGUGAAGAUAUCGGAUCUAUUGCACCAUAUCUGAAUACUUUCGAGUAAAAACCAAAUUGGAUGCACUCCGCGAAUUAGGAAUUGGAGCAGACCGUUGCAAACAAUGGACUAAUGGAAUCUACAAGAACAAUAAUAUAAAAAAUUAAUCACUGGCGCUUCUAUGCUUGAUGUAAAGUGUUAUUAGCUUUCAGUUUCGGAUUAUAGUUUUUCAAUGAUUGCUGGAAAGCGUAGGUGUUGCAAUCAAGAUUUGCAGAGAGCUAUGUCGAGGUUACAAUGAAGCUAGACGAGUAAAUCCCACAGCCUAGUAUCCAUGUGCAAGCGGUUUAAAUUUGGAGAAAGUGAUUGUGUUUUUUGUAAUUUGUUUCAAUUCAUCCAAAGAUUCUUAAUUUUAGGUGAUAUUUUCAUUUAUAAGUGUAGAUUAUAUUUAUCAAAAAUGUUCCUAUUGAUUUAUGAUAAUCAAGUAUUAUACAUAUUAUGACGUAACGUAAUUUAUAAUAAAUGUUUUCUUACGAAGAAUAAGCAUAA